UGCGCAACGCCCGCCGUUGAGGUUGCACGCGAAUUUGAAUUGCCGCCGCGGAUCAGCAGGAAAAUAUUUUCAAAACACGAGAGAGUUUUUUGCAAAAGUGAUCGGAGUGAAAACCGAAUUUGGCACAAAGUUUCUGCUAAACAAAAAAAAAAGAAGAGAAGUGGAUCUGUGUGUGCCCAGUGAAAUUUUUAGUGAAAAUUGCUAAUUUCAUAGCACCGGCCAGCUGUGCACCUGGAUUAAAGCACAUACCGCUGGAAAUUGAAACCGAAAACGAAACUAAAGCCAAAGCCCAAACCAAUCAAAUAGUUUCACUUUUUAUUGGAUUAGCCGUAGAGUAGCAGCAGCAGCAGGAGGAGCAGCUGAGACUCAUCUCAAUUAAACAGCAGCAACAACAGCGACUGAAAACAGGAAAUUUUUUGGCAACUCUUGGAUGCCCAAAAAUGGCGCACUAUGAUCAACGUUGGCUGAAACUCUUCUCCGGCUGCCUUUUCCUCUUUCUGCUGGCUCUGCAGGUUUCAGAGGCCAAGCGAUCAAACGCCAAUCUCACGGCCUGCCAGCAUUUAAGACGUUCGGAGACGAGAAGGGCCAAAGCCCUGCAAUCCGGCUUAGAAGGACCAUCUGUACGAGUGCCGCGAUGCCAGAAGAACGGGGACUUUGACUCCAUUCAAUGUCAGGAAGAAAAAGCUGGCAAGGAUUGUUGGUGUGUGGAUGAAUAUGGAGUGGAACUGCCUGGAAGUCGUAAUGAAACGAGAGCUGGAGUAAGUUGCUCCGAGCCCAAACAUUGUGCCGCUUCCGCUUGCCGCAUGUUCUGUCCCUCGGGAUUUGCACGUGAUCCUGAUACGGGGUGCUCCGUUUGCCGUUGUCGGGAUCCAUGCGAUGGAUUAGAGUGUCCUCGUGGACAAUCUUGUCAGCUGCAGGAGGUGCAGUGCAAGUCAGAGCCUUGUCCCCCACUGCCCACUUGCAAGAAGGCAAGAUCUCUGGCCAAUCUUUGUCCCGCCGGAUUACCUCUUGCCAUCGAUGACACAGUGAGACCGUUCCUUUGUGGUCAAGAGCCCGGCAAGCCACAGUGUCCUCCUCUUUACCAGUGUCUAGUUGAGUCUGGAAAUGACUAUGGUGUGUGCUGCCCCAGUGCAUUGACCUUCCAAAAACCAGGAAUCUGUCCAGCUCCGGACCAAUCUCAGUACACCGAACGUACGGGUUACAUGUGUGGAUCGCCGUGUUCCCAUGACUUGGAGUGUCGAAACAUGGAAAAGUGCUGCUUCACCAAGGGAUGCCAGUUCAAUUGCCAGCAGCCAGGAAAUGUGACGGGUUGUCAUCAAGCCAAGGCUUUAGCUGAUAUCCUCUCGAUUAAUGAGCGCGAAGGACGUGGCUAUGUGCCGGAGUGCAACGGUCCUGGUGGUCAGUUCUCCCCGAAACAGUGCUCUCGGAAUGGACUCGUCUGCUGGUGUGUGGAUCCUCGAACUGGUCAUAAGAUCAAGGAAACUAUGGGUGCUGCAAAUAAUGUGAAUUGUGAUGGUUGGGAGAACAUGAUCAGCAGAUCGUAUGCCAGGAGUUUCCAGAUGGAGCAGUGCGAUACCAAUAUCUGUGCAGCAGUCUGCGAGUACGGAUUUAAGAAUGACCACAAUGGAUGCCCCACCUGCGAGUGCUCCGAGCCCUGCGAUGGGUUCAAGUGCUCCAUUGGCUCUCAUUGCGAGGUGGCCACUGAUCCUUUGUGUGAAUCCGGUUCCUCCCUUUGUGCUUCUUGGCCAGUCUGUAAACCAGACCUGGUCUACUCCAAUCCCUGCGAUGUGGGAACCCCCCUUUCAGACGCCGCAACUGGUGAGGUGAUGUACUGCUUCGAGGAUCGUCAAGGUCGCAGCUUCCAACCAACGGCAUUCUUUGAACCGGAACCAGAAUCGCUAUCCAAGCAGGGUCGCUCCAUGAGCAAUAGGAUUAUGUGUCCAGAGCAGUACAAGUGCACUAAGCUGCAUCGGGAAACGGAAAAUGUGUGCUGUCCAGUGCCAGAAAAGCCAACCACAGCUGAGGAGGCAACGGGAACGCAUCAGCAAACCAUGUGCGAAUAUCUAAGGGACUUCUCGGAACGCAUGGAGGGCACGGAAGAAGGUAUGCAGUUGGCAGUUCCCUCGCCACGGUGCACCACCGAAGGAGAUUACGAGGGUCGCCAGUGCCAACUGAAGAAGAUUCGAGUAACCCGCGCUGAACAACGCAAGAUUCUCGAGGAGAAUACCAUACGGCGUAUGAGGAUGCUGCUCGCCAGUGCAGCUCCAAGUGUCCCAAAACGAUCUCGUCGGGACUUGGAACGCUUGAAGCUGUACCGAGUAGAUGAUAGCGCUCUUAAAGUCCAAGUGGCUGCUCCUGUCAUGGCUCGCAGUGCGAAGGUAAUUGACAUGGGUGCAGAUCGUCAGCAGGGAUUGGGACAGCUUUUCGAAACGGAGUUUAAGAAGGUAGCAUCGGCAACCAAGAGACCCCCGGAGAACGAGGAUGAACUCGUUGAAAUUGAUGUGGAGCAAUGCUGGUGUGUGGAUAGCUUUGGCACGGAGAUUCCCAGAUCCCGGGGUUAUAAUGUCAGCGAUGAUACCUGCCGAAGCUUAAGAGAGGACUUGGACUGCCUGGAUCUCACCUGUAGAAUGGGUUGCGAAUAUGGUUUUGCCCUGGAUGCAGAUACCCGUUGUCCCGCCUGUCAAUGCCGAGAUCCCUGCGAAGGUGUGACCUGUGGCUCUGGAAAGGAAUGCCGAGUGGUUGAUGUUAGCUGCGAAGGUGAAUACUGUCCUCCAGUGCCCGCCUGCUUGCCCAGGAAACCGGGACAAUGUCCUUAUUUGGUGCCCCCGGGACCUGAUAACCUGGAUGCCAAUACCUGUGCUUAUGAAUGCCGUACGGAUGCCCAUUGUGAAGGAGCCAGACGCUGUUGCUCCAAUGGCUGUGGCACCCAGUGCGUAGAUCCUCAACUAAAAACGGCCUGCCAGCAUUUGCAGGCCAUACAGCUUCACCAAAGUUCCGAGCUGGGAAUUCCCGCCCGUCAAAUGGCAGUGGCUCAAUGUGACGCCAAGAGUGGCAAGUGGGAGGAGAUCCAGUGCUCACCCGAUGGUCACUGCUGGUGUGUAGAUGAUCAGGGAAAAAUCGUGCCCGGCACUAAGGUUAAGUCUCCUGAGACACCAAAAUGCAAGGAGAACUCCAGUUUUGCCUGUCCAAAGACGAACUGCAGCCUGGAGUGCGAAAGUGGCUACCAAAUGGACUCGAAUGGCUGCCCAACCUGCCAGUGCAGAAACUACUGCAAUGAAGUGAGUUGUUCUCCCCAUGAGGAAUGCCAACUGAUCUCCGUGGAAUGUGUGGAUAGUCCCUGUCCCAAAAUGCCCAUUUGUGUGCCAAGAAGGGCCUCUGUUUGUCCCGAGGGUAAUCCUCUCCAGCAAGGUGACCUGGAUAUGAGCUGUGGACCUCACAACGAGCAUGAGGUGUGCCCUACCACCCACUCCUGCCAGCUGAAUCCAGUCACUAAUCGAGGUGUUUGCUGCUCCAAGACUCGCGAUGUCUGCUUCGAGUCCAUGGAUAAUACUUGUCUCGCUGUCGGAAAAUCGGAAAGAAACAGCACACGCUAUAGGUUCAGUCCCAAGGCCAAUAAGUGCCUGGCUGUGGUCAUAGAUGCCGAGGCACCAGCCUGCCAAACCAAGAACCUCUUCCACAAUGAACUGGCCUGCAACUCCGUGUGCCCAGUUCUCACCCAGUGCGAGCGCUUGAAACUGAAGAACAGUCUGGCUGCCCAGCGAACAGGACACUCCUCUGUGUGGUUCCAGCCACGUUGUGAUCCCAUCACCGGUCACUGGAGUCCAGUGCAAUGUCUGGGCAAGCAGCCUCAGCCUUUGGACCGUCACACGGAGAUUGUGAGUCGUGCCUUUGCCUCUCAACCCGCAUCGGCUGCCGAGGAAGCGCCAGGAGUCUGCUGGUGUGCGGACAAGAAGGGUGCUCCCUUAAAGGGUACUCUCACCCGGGAGAGCGAACCCAUCUGCAAUAGCCGCCAGGCACGUAAUCGCAAGAAUUUCGAUGCUGGAGAUCCACUGAUGGAGCAACUUAUUGCCCAGCUCACCCAACUGAAUGAUGUGGCCAGCGAGGAUUUGGAUUUCGAUGAGUUGGAGGCUAGGAUUCUGCCAGCCACCGCCAGUGCAGCCGAGUCUAGUGUCACAGAGAGGGUACUAGAGUUGGCCAACUCUCUGCUGGACUCACAGUUGUCUGUGGAGCAGGCUACCAUGAAACCGAUGGAGGUGAAGACCACACGUUGUCGUGCUCUUGCGGAAACGGCGCCAUUCCCCGUUAGUUGCGAUGAGGCGGGAGCCUUCCGUCCAUUACAGUGUAAUGGCAGGAGCUGUUGGUGUGUGGAUGCAGCCGGAAAUCAACUACAGGCCACCCACAUCUUUGGAGCAGGCGACCGACGCUGCAAUCAUGUUCCAAUCGAGGCGGUAGCCAUCGAACUCCACCUGACCAACAGCAGUGGCCGGAGUGUCAGGAAUGCCUACGAUACCAUCCGCCGCGAGCUGCAGCAGUUGCUUGGUGGGGAAUCCGUGGAGAACCUGCGGGUGCAGGAGAACUUCGAUGGAUCCGCUAUAGUCCGCUUUGAGCUGCACAACGAGGCCAAGGUGGACUUGGCCUUUGCCAUCGAAGCGGCUAUUUCCUCGGGUGAUUUCCGGUUGGCGGGCGGUCACUUCCGACCUGACCUGACCCGCUCUCACUUUGUCCAUAGAAGUGCUGUGGUACCUGUGGCUCAGGCGGCCACCGCCCAGGAUGAGUCCAUCCAGCUGGUGCUAUUUAUUAUGGCAACCAGUUCCGCCUUCCUGGUCAGCAUAUUUGUUGUAUAUGUCAUGCUGAAAAGAAGUCGAAACCUCAAGGCUGCCAAUCCUUAUGUAAAAGGAGGGGCAGGAAGCGGCGACAAGCCGGUGGACUAUUCCGCACCCAUCUUUGUGCUGGCAGCCAGCGAUAUGGACGCCCAGCUGGACAGCAUGAAGGGGUUCAAGGCGUAGGAUUUCCCGUUGUUGAGUUAUCUAAAUCAAUUUGUAAAUAAAAGAGAGCAAAUUUAAGAUUUACUUUUAGGGGGAGGAGUUCCAUGGCGGAGGUUAGAGGCCUCAACUCUGCCCCAAAUAAGCCAAAAGGGGAGUGCGACUAGAGGGGCCCUCCAAAUCGAAUACUUAUUGCAUAUGUUCUAGCAACCUAAGACGAUUAAUUUAUGAAUAAAGCUUUAAAAUCGAAAUAAUUUGGA